CUCUCUCUCUCUCUCUCUCUCCUGCUUCUGACAGUGCGUAGAUGCCGCCAACUUCCUUUGUGUAAUUCAACCCUCUCUCUCUCUCUCUCUCUCUAAACGCGUUUUCUUCUUUAGAUAGAUCUGCUUCCUUCCAAAAUCUCCAUCAGGAGAAUUGAAAGUUCGCCGUUCUCUCAGAAGGAAUCAAAUCCCUUUCUUUCUACUCCAUUUGCUAUAUAGUCCAAGAUGGAUCGCAGGAGUUGGCCGUGGAAGAAAAAAUCAUCUGACAAAACAGUGGCUGCGACAGAUUCUGCUGCUGCUUCUUUGGCUACCUCAGCUGGAAAUCAAGGGGAUCAGGAGAACUCCAAGAAUGUCAACUAUGUUCAAAUUUCAACAGAAACAUAUGCACAUCUCACUGAAUUGGAGGAAAAAGUGAAGAUAUUGAAUGAUCAAGUGAAGAUAUUGAAUGAAAAACUAUCCUCAGCCCAAUCAGAGAUGACCACUAAGGACAAUCUGGUAAAACAACAUGCAAAAGUUGCUGAAGAAGCUGUCUCAGGUUGGGAGAAGGCAGAAGCAGAAGCUUUGGCAUUGAAAACUCAACUUGAAUCUGUCACACUGCUGAAGCUUACUGCUGAAGACCGAGCAGCCCAUCUGGAUGGUGCUCUCAAAGAGUGCAUGAGGCAGAUACGGAAUGUGAAGGAAGAAAAUGAGCAGAAGUUGCAUGAUGUAGUCUUCGCAAAAACAAAGCAAUGGGAGAAAGUAAAAUUCGAGUUUGAAACGAAAAUAGCUGAUUUUGAGCAAGAGCUGCUCAGGGCCUCAGCCGAAAACGCUGCACUUUCGAGGUCCCUCCAAGAACGUUCCAACAUGCUAAUGCAGAUCAGUGAAGAAAAAGCUCAAGCUGAUGCUGAGAUUGAAGUUUUGAAGACUGAAAUCCAAUCAUGUGAAAAGGAAAUAAAUUCACUAAAAUAUGAACUUCACAUAAUCUCCAAGGAACUUGAAAUUCGAAAUGAAGAAAAGAAUAUGAGUUUAAGAUCUGCAGAAGUUGCGAAUAAGCAGCAUUUAGAGGGCGUCAAGAAAAUAGCCAAACUAGAAGCGGAGUGCCAGAGGUUACGUGGUCUUGUUCGGAAAAAGUUGCCUGGACCUGCUGCCUUGGCUCAAAUGAAACUGGAGGUCGAGAAUUUAGGCCGGGAUUCUGGAGAAACCAGACUACGGCGAUCUCCUGUAAAGAGCCCCAGCCCACAUAUGGCUCCAGCCCCUGAAUUUUCCCUCGACAACGUUCAUCAAUAUCACAAAGAGGCUGAAUUUCUGACAACACGUCUAUUGACAAUGGAGGAGGAAAAUAAGAUGUUGAAAGAGGCACUGUCAAAGCGUAACAGUGAACUGCUGGCGGUGAGAAACCUGUGUGCUAAAACAGCAAGCAAGCUUCGCAGCAUGGAAACACAAAUGCAGGUGCUUUCUCAUCAGAAGAGCCCACCAAAACCAAAUUCACACAUCCACACUGAAGGUUCCUUGAGUCAGAAUGCAAGCAACCCGCCAAGCUUGACUUCCAUGUCAGAAGAUGGGAUCGACGAGGAAGCAAGCUGUGCUGAUUCAUGGUCGACAGCGCUUAUCUCGGAGCUCUCCCAUUUCAAGAAAGAAAAGAACGUCGACAAAGGAAACAAGGCUGACAAUGCUAGUCCCUUGGAACUUAUGGACGACUUUCUCGAGAUGGAGAAGUUGGCGUGCUUAUCGACAGAAUCCAAUGGGACCAUCUCCAUUUUGGACGAUGUGCCUGAUAAGAGAAUUGAAAAUGCUGUCCCUAAUCCAUCAGUUGAUAUUGCAAAGGAUGGGGAUCUCCAAGCAGAACAACAGCCCCGUCUGCAUCCAGCAGCCAGUCUUGUUUCUCCCAAUGAGGAUUCCUGUGAUAAAGUUCAGGUGAUGUUGACGAAACUUCAAAUGAGGAUAUCUUCCAUAUUUGAGUCACAAGCUAAGGACACUGAUUUGGGUAAGACUCUAGAGGAUAUCAGAUGUAUUGUACAGGAUGUGCAAGGUGAUUUGCCCCAGCAUUCUGUAAGUUACGUUCUUGAGGAAACCCAUUCAGCAAACGCUGCUUGGAACCAGAAGCCUGCUACCGAAGACAUGGGGGAAACCACAAUCGCUGACAGCAAACCAUGUUCUGAUGAUAAGCAUCCCAUCGACGAAGAGCUAGCAAAGUCCAUUUCUAAGAUUCAUGAUUUUGUAGCAUCAUUUGGCAGGGAAGCUGCAGAUAUUCAGGACAGGUGCACCGAUGAUUGUGGGCUGAGUAGGAAGAUUGAGGAGUUCUGUGUCUCUGUUAAUAAGGUUUUAUGUAAUGAGAUGAGUUUGGAUGAUUUUGUUCUCGAUCUUUCUCGUGUUUUGGCUGAAUUCGGUGAGCUAAGCUUUAGGUUGCCAUGUGGGAAGGAUAGUGAAGGAGAAACCAAUGCUUCUGAUUGCAUAGACAAGGUAACUUUACUGGAAAAUAAGGUAGUUCAACAUGACCCAUCAAAAGAGAGAUUUUCAAGUGAAUGUGCCCUUGUUUCUCCCUCUGCUCCUGAUCCUGAGGUUCCUCAAGAAGGAAGCUUAGGUCCGGGCUUUGAAUUGAAACCGGUCUUGUUCAAAUGCUCUAUGGAAGAAUAUGAACACUUGAAAUUAGAGAAAGAUAGUAUGGCAAUGGAUCUGGCAAGAUGCAGUGAAAGUUUGGAAAAUACGAAGUUCAAGUUGAUGGAUACGGAGAAAUCUCUGGAAGAACUUAAGUCACAGUUGGCUGCUAGUCAGAAAUCAAACAGCUUGGCAGAGACACAGCUGAAAUGCAUGGCGGAAUCUUAUAAGUCACUUGAAAUGCAUGCACAGGAAUUAGAAACCGAGUUGAAUCUUUUGCAUGCGAGAGCAGAAACUUUAGAUAGUGAGCUUCAAGAAGAGAAGCACAAUCUUCAGGAUGCUUUGGCUAGAUGCAAGGACCUUGAAGAUCGGAUUCAAAGGACUGAGGGGUGCUCGAUGUGUUCGCUUUCUUCAGCUGUUGAUGUUGACACCAAGACCAAACAGGAGAGAGAGAUAGCUUCUGCAGCAGAGAAGCUAGCGCAAUGUCAGGAGACUAUAUUUCUUCUUGGUAGGCAACUGAAUGCGAUGCGCCCCCCGGCAGAGAUGAUGGGUUCCCCACAAGGCAGCAGGCACCAAAUGAACGAAGAUCUGUUGGAAAAUGAGCCGAGCCCGAGUCGCCCGAACCCACGAGGCAUGCGUGGUUCACGAGACUUUGACCAGCCUGAGAUGGAGAGUGUUGCUUUGAACAUGCAAAGGACAGGGGGUGAGUCCCCUUUACAUGGGUAUAACAUGCCCAUGAGUCCAUCAGACACUGAAUCCACCCCGAUUGCAAGAUCGCCCAUCAGGUCAAAACAUGGGCCCAUCAGGUCUUCGUCUUCAGUUCCAACACCAGAGAAACAAGGGCGCAGUUUUAGCAGAUUCUUCUCAAGGGGAAAGAGCGUCGAUUCGGCACACAGGCGUCAGCCAUCUUCUGACAGAUCCCAUUAAGAUGCUGAGGCAUGGGUGGUUUGUAGUUCGUAGUUGGGGAGUCUUAUCAGGCAGUUCCCACUUUUAACCCACAUCAAAAUUCUCGAAAGGAAAGACUCAUAAAAUGGCAAUAUAAAGACAUGGGUGUUUGGUGACAUCGGACGUUUCACCAAAUCAAGCAUGACAAAACUGCAUUUGGGUGAAGGCCCAGUAUCUAUCCAUGAAAGAAGAGGAUCUGGCAUUUGUUUUGGGUAUUGGGUUGUGUACAGUGUACAUGCUUAUAAAACCUUCCCACUUGUCUAUUUCUGUGGAUCAAUCUUCUUGGUAAUGGAUUUCCUAAAGACGGGGUGCCGCUUUGAAUCCUGGAACUUCGCAAUCCCAGGACACGUACAUAUCAUGUGAGAGUUGACAGUGCAAAAGUGAAUAUCAGGUGGUGAUUUUCUUGGAGUUUCUCACUCAAAACCUUCCUGCUUUUGUGGAUGAAGGUUCCUGGAGGUGUGUGCUCUUCCUCUUGAAAACUUCAUGAUUAUAGCCUGUCAUGUUAGAGGGUUGUUUUUUCAUAUCCAUGUCUUCGUACAUGGUUAAUUGUACUUAACAUGUCCAAUGAUCUAUUAGCAAAUGUAUGGAAUUAUUAUUAUUUCUUGUAUUAUUUUGUGUAGUUAUUUCUACCAUCCCGAUUGGUUC